AGCAUGGCAAAGGGAGAGAAAUGCAAAUGAUGUGUCAAAGCUGUUAUCUUUUUUUUCAUUAUGCAAGAAAGAUAAUCCACAGUUUUUUUCAGACUUUCAACUGGACAAAGAAGGGAAAAUUUUAAGCAUAUUUUGGUCCCAUGCUAGCCAGCAAGCCGAGUAUAUUAAUUUUGGUGAUGCAGUUACUUUUGAUACUACACAUAAGACUAAUAUGUAUGAUAAGCCAUUAGGCAUGUUUGUUGGUUCGAACCACCACCUACAAUGCACAAUAUUUGGGUUUGCUUUACUAGGAGACGAGACAGUUGAUACAUUCGAGUGGGUAUUCAAUACGUUCAAAACAUGCAUGGGAUGUGACGAACCACGAGUGAUGCUGACAGAUCAAGACCCUGCCAUGCCAAUUGCACUUGGCAGAGUAUUCCCAAACACAAUACAUCGAUUGUGUUUGUGGCAUGUGCAAAACAGGUAUAUGCCCCACUUGAAUGAAUUAUAUGCAAGAUUUGAGGACAUGGAUUUCAAAACAAGGUUCCAAUCUAUAAUACAUCAUCCAUUGAAUGAAAUGGAGUUCGAGGUUGCCUGGCAAAUGAUGCUUGAUGAUUUCCACCUACACGAGAACAACACCCUUGCCAGAUUAUAUGAAAUACGCAAAGAUUGGGUACCUGCAUUUUUCAAAGGAGAUUAUUGUGGUCUUAUGGUCUCUACACAACGAAGCGAGAGCAUGAACAAGUUGGUGAAGAGUGCCCACGUGGAUGCAAACACACCGCUUCAUCAAUUUGCAAAGCAAAUGAUGAAGCUAUUGCAUAGUAGGAAGAUGAAAGAGGCCAAAGAGGCACUAGGAUGCAUGGGUCAAAAGGAUACAACUACAUUGUAUAUGUUUGAAAUAAGAGUAGCAAGGGCAUACACUAGAGCUGUGAUGACAAGGUUUCAGGAGACAGUAAAAUAUGCAACUGCAUACCGAAUAGACCGUGAUACAGAGGGUGAGGAACAUGAUUGGGUGGUGAAACAUACUACAAGAUCAAAUAAAAUUGUUUGGGGUCAACACCAAUUCAAGAUAAGGGCUGAUGUGGAUGCCGGAAAGUAUUCAUGUGAGUGCAAGCAUUGGGAGCAUACAGGUCUAUUUUGUGUUCAUCUUGUACGCGCUUUCAUGCAUCUACAAAUUGAAAGGAUCCCAAGUGAGUAUAUUUUGCAACGAUACACAUACUCCGCGCAUCAAGAUGUGGCUUUUUCAAGAGACGAUAGGAAUUUGAAAGGAAAAGAUGGAGAAACUAGAUCAUAUAGACAGAAGAUGUUGCUUAAAAAAGCAAUGAAAGUAGUACACCAUGCGAGUAUGUCUAAACCUGGGAAUGAUAAAGCCCUAGAGAUGAUGGACGAAUUAUUAGGGUUAUUGAUGCGUGUGGAGCCUGAUAUAGGUACUGGUGAGAGUUGUGGCACAAGUGUUUGCGAUGACAUCCAGGUCGAAGCGUAUGAAACAGAAGAAAUGGCUAUAGACAACUUACGCAAAUUAGAUGAUGGGAACGAGGAAAUUUUAAUGGGCUCUAAUACAAAUGAAUGCAAUACUAAGGAUGAUCAAUGUAAUAUGCAGAUAUUAACAUUGGAACAUAACACUGACAUUCGGCUGGUUGAGAGUAGUUCUAUGGAUGUGGAAGCUAGAAAGAUAGGUUAUGCAGUUAUGCAGCAAUCUGACUGUACAUUUAUGCAGCAAUCUGACUGUACAUAUGCAGCAAUCUGA